CUAGCAGUGGUUGGUUGGGCACGCUCCGCCGGUGGGUCUAAGUGGGAGGUGGCUGAUGUACGGGGCCUCACAGCGUCUUCAUAACAUUCAAGUAGUGUACGAAGUAGCUGUAACAGAGAGGGAUUCUUGGGAGGCUUGUGGAAAGGUUGAGAAGUCGGCUGAGGGGAAGACCUUGCUUGUCCGUGACGGGUAGCGCUUUUAACACAACUUGUCAGAGAAGUGGGAAGAAGAAAAGAGAGAAAGGACCGCCGCGACUUGUGUGUGGUUGUUGUACAAGGUUGAACCAGAAGAGACGAAGAGGCAGACGUGAUGACGGAGAAGGACGCCAUGGACGCGAUCGAGGCCGCCAGCCCGAAGGAGUCCGAGUGCCCUCCCUACACGGAGGUGGAGAACAUGGAGACCGACUGCGCCGUCCCCAGCCGGCCGUGGUACAUGGCCGUCUGGGCGUGGGUGAAGAACCCGCACAACUUGCUCCUGGUGCUGACGAUUCUCGGGGUGGUGCUGGGGGUCCUCUUGGGGUUUCUGCUGCGGCUGGCCGAGCCCAGCGACGCCACGAUAAUGCUCAUCGGCUUCCCCGGAGAUAUCCUCAUGAGGUGCUUGAAGAUGCUGAUCCUGCCACUCAUCAUCUCUAGUUUAAUCACCGGUCUAGCCGGUCUGGACGCCAAGGCCAGUGGAAAGAUGGGCUCCAAGGCCAUGCUGUACUACUUCUCCACCACCAUCAUCGCCGCCAUCAUCGGCAUCAUCCUGGUGGUCAGCAUCCAUCCCGGAGACCCCGAGCUGAAGAAGGGGAGGGGCGCGCAGGACAUCGCAGGGGACUUGCCCGUGCAGCAGGUGUCCACACUAGACGCCAUCUUGGAUUUGAUCAGGAAUGCCUUCCCGGAAAACCUUGUGGAGGCCUGUAUCUCCGGCCAACAAACAGCGUACAAGGAAGACUACAUCUACGCCAACGUGACCAACACGACCACCAACACCACGGACGGACUGAACAUCACCUCCACGUCAGAGCCGUACGAGGUCCUGGUGGACACCAAGGUCUACCGCAGUCUGGAUAAGACUGAUGGGACCAACGUUCUAGGACUCAUCGCUUUCUGCGCCGUGUUUGGGAUUGUGCUGGGUAGAAUGGGCAAAGAAGGCAACGUCAUGUUGCAGUUCUUCAGUAACCUGAACGACGUCACCAUGAGGAUCGUUCUUGGAGUCAUGUGGUACUCCCCCAUCGGUAUCGGCAGCCUCAUCAUCGGCAAGAUCCUGGAGAUCGAGAACCUGGCCCUGGUAGCCCGGAUGUUGGGGAUGUACAUGCUGACGGUGAUGCUGGGCCUGAUCGUCCACGGCUGUUUCAUCUUGCCUAUGCUCUACUUCAUCAUCACCCGUAAAAACCCGCUCUGGUUCUAUGGCGGUAUGCUGCAGGCCUGGAUCACGGCUCUCGGCACUGCCUCCAGUGCCGCCACACUCCCCAUCACGUUCCGCUGCCUGGAGGAGAACAACCACGUGGAUUCUCGCGUGACUCGGUUUGUACUUCCGGUGGGGGCCACCAUCAACAUGGACGGCACCGCCCUGUACGAGGCCGUGGGCGCCAUCUUCAUCGCCCAGCUCAACGACAUGAAGCUUGAUAUCGGCCAGAUCAUCACAUGCAGCUUGACGGCCACGGCAGCCAGUAUCGGAGCCGCCAGUGUGCCCAGCGCCGGCCUCGUUACCAUGCUCCUGGUGCUGACCGCCCUCCAGCUGCCCACGAGAGACGUCACUCUCAUCCUGGCCGUUGAUUGGCUCCUGGAUCGGUUCCGAACAUCGAUCAACGUGCUUGGUGACGCCGUGGGUGCCGGCAUCGUGUACCACCUGUCCCGGGAGGACCUCGAAGCCGCGGACAGGGAACAACAGCUCCAUAUGGUGGCGAUAGAUGGCGCUCCUGGAGGAGACAAGUCCGGAAAUGGCCAUGUGAAGGCAAACCCCCCACCAGCCAGCCCUGCUCACUCCAGGCCGAGAGCACCGUGUGAUCUGAAGCGGAUGUCUAGGAGCCAACUGGGACGCAGUUUGCCAAUUGCUCAAGAGUAUCUAAGAUCUUCCUCGUAGUUAGCAAUGUCUUUCCUCUGGAAAGCAAAGUACAACUGCGUCUUUUUGACAGUUUUUUGUUAUUACAUAACAUGAAUACGAGACAUCAUAACAUACUUAUAAUCUUAUUAACAAUGCUUCCAACACAAACGAGGCGUAAUUACCAAUAACCUGCUAUACGACCUCCGCUACGACCUUCCUCAGGUUAACUGACCCACUACUUCAGUCACGUGACUUGGCGAACAUGUGACUAUUGUUUUGGGAUAAAGGUGCCCCGAAGUCUGUACCUUCCCCCGCCCUGGCUGAGUGAUUGUCGUUAGUCUUGGAACAAGGUUAACUUGAUUAUAACGUUAUACAUCAAUACAGAUGAGCUCUCUUGCUCCCAUAUCAAGAAUUAAAUCGUAUCUACACUAUCGAGGAUUGGAAUCGUCACCAAAGUAAGAUCCUAUAGCUACAUUACCCACAAUGUCACAGUGCCUAAUGGUUGCGGUCCAAAAUACUUCAGAUACGGAUAUCUAGGUUGGUACAAAUUGUCGUAAACUGGUGAUUUUAGUCUUAUGUGUAACAAGCUAUGUAGAUAUUGCCAACAUGAUGACAAUAGAAGUACACUGGGUGAAACAUUAUUUUCUACAGAACAAAACAAACUGAAUCAUCAGUUCAACCUAACAAUGCAAGACGCCACUAGUUUCAACUCUUAAAGUGUAGAGAAAAAGAGGCAAGGUCUUGCGAAAGUGGUUGGUAUUAAAUCUCCCGUCAACCCAUUUCACAUUGACCUUUGACUCUCAUCAUCUGUAAUAGAAGUGGCCGCCAUCUUGAUUGCCUCGCUAAAAAGAACAUUGGACCUAUCGAAGUCAGGGUCCACUUGAAAACAUCUUCAAUGUACAUACAUUAUUUACAAGAGUUAACAACGUUCUUGUAAGAUAUGUCUGAUUUUGUAGGAGGAUCUUUUGUACUUGUAGAUUUUUGAAAAUAUUUUCAAUGUAGAAAUUCACAGGUAGGGUUUUAGAUUGUAAUAACAUUUCAGUGGAAGGGGUUAUAUUUGUUAUGUAGGGUACGGAUGUGUCUGGGAUACUUACAAUGAAUGUGGUGGUUUCGAAUAGUGUAUAAAAGUACUGUUGAAUCGUGGUAUUCUCAAGAAAGCAGUCGGUGUUUAUAGCUUGUGAGUAAGGUCUAUUGUCACACUUUUAACGGUUUUAACGACUUUAGCAAAAUGUACAAGAGUAGCAUAACAGGUUAUUUUCUAUGUCAUAGAAUGUAAAGCAUAACCACACCCUCAAAUUGUCUACAUUUGUGGAUUACUAUGUCACAAUAUUUGAACGUUGAGGUAGGACUGGUAACAAUAUUUCAGUGCCCAGAAGAAAGAACGGGUAAAAUAUGAUAUAACGAUGCCAGAUAGACAUCAAAAUUGAAAAACGUCGUAAAUUUGAAUUGUCGUAAAGUCCAUAUACUCGAAGGUAUGAAAACAAUACACGAUCUUUUUGUAUGAUUUAGAUCAUAUGUUUAAUUUAAACAUAAAAAAUGUCAUAUAUUGUAGACACAACAACACUCCUGUAAAUCUACGUUAUACGUCUAGGACAUACGAUAUUAGUGUGCAGUCGUUUACGAGUAGGUGGAAUGUUUCUGAGGAUAGUAUGUAUGCCUAAAUUGUAUUACGCUGAAUAGAUUUUAACGUGAAUACGGAAGGGUAUGACAAUAACGUUUAGCUAUAGAAAAGUACAUGUGAAUGUUGGACCAAGUCAUCAUAUCUAUGAUGAAUAUUUUGUGGGGAUAGUUCGUGUCUUUGUGAAACGAAGGAAUGCUCAAUCGAAACAUAAUAUCUAAUUUUUUAACAUCUGUUGACGGCGAAAAUUCGUUUGGCAUCUGUUGUUAUUCACAAAGAUGCAUAACAUGUUUUAGCUGCGCAUUUUAUUGCUGUAGUAACUUGUACAGCAGUACCAUUUGGUCUAUCGUGAGAUGAUUUAUAGAUGACUUAUUUGUGUCUUGUCAUACUUCUGAAAGAAAGACAACCUUUGAAGCUGAGCAUUUCUUCGCGUUUCGAUGUCGUCGCCAUUUGUGUACGAAGCCUCGAAAAUGACUUUAUUAGACAUCAGAUGUUGGUGAAAAGAAGUGUGUUGAUGGGAACAGAGUCGUUCAUUUGCUGACAUGGUUGUUUUCUCGACGUUUUGUUGUAGGGGGAACAAGGUUCUAAGUGUUGCGGCAAGUAGGAAAUAUCUAACUGCGCCUGUGAAUACGCUUCAUGGAGCAAUUCUUUUAAUAGAAGACCAAGGGUCUUGAGAACAUAGUUGUAACAUUCCGGAAAUCAAAUUCAACGCCUUAGGUUACUGAUAACCUAGUUAUCAUCAAGAAACAAGCAAACAUACAAAAUGUUCCUUUCGGGCAUGCCAAAUUAUGAAAGUUUAAAACUAACGUUAUGAUUCAAUGUUUCGGAUGUUCUUGAAAUACGGAACCUUGACAACCCUCAGCACUCAUCGAGAAAUCAACUGAAGAGUCUUUGUAUAUAGGUUGGUGUCACGGAGUGUAGCCCUAAUGUUGUGGUACGUUAUAACACCGAGGAAAUAAAGUUUUUGUCAAUAAGUGUUUCA